GGCUGUACCACUUAUACAAGGUCUUUGUGGAUGAAACUAUAUUCAAUUGUAUAAGAUAGUCAAACCAUCAAGAAUACAAUAACCUUACCCAUUGUGUGCUUAUUCAUUUGAGAAGAAAUGAACUUAUGGGAUUGACUGUGUCAUUUUGAAACACAGAACUCACACAUUUAUUCCGAGCCUGCUGAAAAAUCUGGAAAAAGAAGAUAUAUUAGCAUGAAGAAAAGACAGAAAUCAUCUCCGGACCAUCAUCCCCAGCUGGAUGAUAAUUUAAAUCGGACUAAAGCUUCUCCUGUUUAUUCAGCGAUUUCUGAGGACAUACUACCGAUAAAAAAAGGCUUCAUCUUACCUGAGUUGUCACUGUUACUUUACACAACAGUUAUCACCAUUAUGUGCAUUGUGUGUUAUUAUAACAGUCUAGAGGGGGAUUUCGUUCAUGAUGACAUCAUGGCUAUCAGAGACAAUGAGGAUAUCAGACCAGGCAGUCCAAUCAGAGAUGUGUUUCUGAAUGAUUUCUGGGGGAAGAGGAUGUCUGAUAAUACCAGUCAUAAAUCUUACAGGCCAUUGUGUGUAUUGACGUUUAGAAUGAAUUAUUAUUUAAGUGGCUUGGAUCCAUAUAGUUACCACAUCGUCAAUGUUGUUUUGCAUACGCUGGUUUCAGUGUUGUUUCUGCACUUAUGCCAUACAAUUGUAUUCCUGGAUAUCAAGCCAGCGUUUGUUGCUGCUUUAUUAUUUGCCACACAUCCAGUACAUACGGAGGCAGUGACUGGUAUUGUUGGUAGAGCUGAUGUCUUGGCAUGUUUGUUGUUUAUACUUUCAUUUCUAACAUUUUUAAGGAUACUAAACAGUAAAUCGAUUGAUUCCACUUGUCUUCCUUUGGUAAAAAGAAUUAUUGUCAUACUGAUCAUGGUACUGAUCCUAAUGGUAUUUCGUAUCUGGAUGUUAAAUGGCCAGUUACCUGCAUUCUCAGAUCAAGAUAACCCAGCAUCCUUUGCACCUCACCUUAGUACAAGGUUCCUCACCUACUCAUAUCUGAUAGUUUUCAACGGUUUGCUGUUGUUAUCUCCAAUUACCCUUUGCUAUGAUUGGCAGAUGGGUAGCAUACCAUUGGUGGAGUCCAUCACUGAUCCGCGUAACCUAGCAACAUUCUGCUUCUUCAUCGUCAUGGCAAUACUGGCUAUUCAUUGUUUACAGUGCUUUGUGAAGGAAAAGCUUAAUCAUCUGAGGAUCAUUCUAAUUGGUUUAUCAUUCCUCGUCAUUCCAUUCAUUCCAGCAUCUAAUUUAUUCAUCAGAGUUGGUUUUGUUGUUGCUGAGAGAAUCCUGUACAUUCCCAGUCUUGGAUUUUGUGUUUUAGUGGCGCAUGGCCUUAAUAGUGUCUGUAAGUCAAGCAAUAAGAACAUGUCCUCUGCAGUGACUGCACUAGUCAUUGCAGUCGCUUUGUUCUUUACAUGGAGGACUAUAAUAAGAAAUCCAGUUUGGCAUAGCAGGGAGGCAUUAUUUAAAUCUGGUGUGCAUACCUUGCCUCAUAAUGCCAAGGCUCAUUAUAAUUAUGCUAAUCUAUUGAAAGAUACAGACAGACAUGUAGAAGCAAUACAACACUACAGGAAGACUUUAGAACUAUACCCGAGCCAUGCCAGUGCUCAUAACAACCUAGGUACAAUGUUAAAAGACGACAAGGAAUGUGAAUUUCAUUUUACACAAGCUAUAGCUAUCAAUCCGAUGCAUGUCAGAGCCCAUUUCAACUUAGCUAAUCAAUUAGGUAAAAUACCUGAUCGACAAGAUGAGGCGAUACGUCUCUUACUACGCGCUAUCGAAAUCAAGGAUGACUAUGCUGAAGCGUACACUAGUCUGGCGGGUAUAUUAAUGGAUAGAGGGCAGUAUGAUGAUGCCGAGAAACUUUACAAGAAGGUUAUUGAACUAACGCCCAAUGAUGGGAAUGUUUAUAACAACUAUGGUGCCUUAUUAGUCAAAAGAGAUUUGAGAGAAGAAGCCUUAGCGGAGUAUCACAGGUGCCUUUCAGUAAAUCCCAAUCACACAGUUGCCAUGGUGAAUAUUGCAAGGCUGCAGCGAAAAAUGGGAAAUACUAGAGAUGCUGAACUUAUGUUUAAAAGAGCAUUAGCAGUGAAGCGUGAAGCUGACACAUUAAAGAGCUUAGGGGCCUUGUAUUUCAAUACUGAUAGAAUAUCAGAAGCUAAAGUGUAUUUUGAGGAAGCUUUAGGGCUGGAUCCGGAAUCAGCAGAGAUCAGAACCCAUUAUGCUCAGUUGUUAGCCCGGCUGAAGAGGUUUGAUGAUGCAUUGAAUAUACUAAAUGAUGUGAUAAAACGACAGCCUGAGUACAGUGGUGCUUAUCGACAUAUAGCUGGUGUAUAUGGACUAAUUACAAAACAUACAGAGGCAAUCAAACACAUUGACAAGUACUUAGAACUUGAACCUGACUUGGAUCCAGUCGUGAAAGCUGAAAUAAUAUAUGAAAAAGGCAAUAAUUACCGAGAUAUAGGAGACAAUCAAUUAGCAUUAAAGUGCUAUGAAGAUUGUGUUAAAGUGAAUCCAAAGUUUUCAACUGGACAGAUGAAUCUAGGAGCCAUGUUGCAUCUACAGGGUGAUUUAUCCAGAGCCAGCUAUCACUAUAAUGCUGCAUUGAAAUUAGAUCCCAGUAACGCUGUACUCCAAGAGAAUAUAAAGAAAUUACAAAGGAGAUUAGCACAGAUAAAGAACAAUUAA